GGCCGCCCGCCCCCCUCCCCCCCGGGCUCGCCCCCGCGCUGCCUGUGCGGGGCAGGGGCGGCGGCGCGGGGCUGCGAGCCGGGCUGGGAGCCGCCCCCGCCCCGGCACACAGGAGAAAGUUUGUGUGGCCGCGGCUCGGCGGGGGCGGGGGGCGCUGCCGCAGUGUGCGGGGCUCGGGCAGAGCGGCGGCUGCGGCGCUUCCAUGCGUCCCGUCGGCUCCGACAUGGAUUUUAGUCAGAGCAAUCUGUUUGGAUACAUCGAAGACCUGCAGGAACUCACUAUCAUAGAGAGGCCGGUACGCCGGAGCCUGAAGACACCAGAAGAAAUAGAAAGAUUGACAGUUGAUGAAGAACUCAGUGAUAUUGAAAGGGCUGUUUAUCUGCUCAGUUCUGGACAGGAUAUCCAAGGAACAAGUGUGGUGGCAAAUCUUCCAGUCCUGAUGCGACAGAAUCCUGCAGAAACACUUCGUCGUGUUGUACCAAAGAUCAGAGAAGUGCUGCAUGUUGCAGGAGUAGAAAUGCAGUUAACAGCUGCUGUUUCAUUUUUGACUGUUCUGCAAGAGGAGUCGGUGUCCAUUCAUACGUACUCCCACUCCUUCCUACACAUCAUUCUACAGAACUUGGAACACAGAGACACAGGAGUCAGCAAUGCAUGGCUAGAAACUCUUCUUGCAGUAAUAGAAGCUUUACCAAAAGAGACUGUCAGACAUGAGAUCUUGAAUCCACUUGUUUCCAAAGCACAGCUUUCUCAGACACUUCAGUCCCGCUUAGUUAGUUGUAAAAUCAUGGGAAAAUUAGCUAACAAAUUUGAAGCUCAUAUUAUUAAAAGAGAGAUUCUUCCAUUGGUAAAAUCACUGUGCCAGGAUGUGGAGUAUGAAGUGAGAACUUGCAUGUGUCGGCAACUGGAACAUAUAGCUCAAGGAAUAGGGACAGAACUAACAAAAACUGUGGUGCUUCCUGAGUUAGUAGAACUGGCAAGAGAUGAGGACAGUAGCGUACGCCUUGCAGCUUUUGAGACAUUAGUGAAUCUGCUAGAUAUGUUUGAUGCAGAUGAUAGGAGUCAAACUGUACUCCCUUUAGUGAAAUCAUUCUGUGAAAAAUCCUUCAAGGCAGAUGAAUCUAUCCUAGUUUCUUUAUCUUUCCAUUUAGGAAAACUGUGUAAUGGAUUAUAUGGCAUUUUUACUCCUGAACAGCACUUGCGUUUUCUGGAAUUUUAUAAGAAGCUUUCCACGCUAGGCUUACAGCAGGAGAAUGGACACAAUGAUAAUCAACUACAACUUCAAACUCUGGAACAGGAAAAGAAGUAUAUUUCAGUGAGGAAGAACUGUGCUUAUAAUUUUCCAGCCAUGAUUGUUUUUGUGGAUCCAAAGAACUUCCAUUUAGAACUGUAUUCUAUAUUCUUCUGCCUUUGUCAUGACCCUGAAGUUCCUGUCAGAUAUACCAUGGCCAUAAGCUUCUAUGAAGUUGCUAAGCUUUUAAAUCCUGGUGUGUAUGCAAUACAUAAAGAAUUGGUUACACUGUUACAGGAUGAGUCACUGGAGGUGUUAGAUGCCCUGGUAGGUCACCUUCCUGAAAUCCUUGAACUAAUGACUAAUGGAGGAGAAAACAAUGGAUCAGAAAGCAAGUUAUUGUCUAUUCCUGACUUGAUUCCUGCAUUAACAACAGCAGAACAGAGAGCAGCAGCUUCUCUAAAAUGGAGAACUCAUGAGAAGUUACUGCAGAAAUAUGCAUGUCUCCCUCAUAUCUUAUCAAGUGAUCAGAUUUAUUACCGUUUUCUUCACAGAAUGUUGACAAUCAUUCUGACAAAUAAUGUCCUGCCAGUCCAAAAAGCAGCUGCUCGAACUCUUUGUGUUUAUUUACGUUAUAAUCGCAAACAAGAACAGAGGCACGAGGUUAUUCAGAAAUUGAUUGAACAACUGGGCCAAGGAAAAAGUUAUUGGAACAGACUUCGUUUUUUAGAUACUUGUGAAUUCAUCAUGGAACUGUUUUCAAAAUCAUUCUUCUGCAAAUACUUCUUUCUACCUCUGCUUGAACUUACACAUGAUCCAGUGGCAAAUGUGAGAAUGAAGCUGUGCUAUUUGUUGCCGAAAGUUAAAUCUACUCUGAAGAUUCCCACUGAUAAACAUUUACUUCAACAGUUGGAAUUAUGUGUAAGAAAACUUUUGUGUCAAGAGAAAGACAAAGAUGUCCUGACUAUUGUAAAAAAAACACUGUUAGAAUUGGACAGAAUGGAGAUGUCUGUAGAUGCUUUUCAGAAAAGAUUUUACGAAAAUGAUUUAUUGGAUCAAGAAAAAGAGAGACAAGAACAUCUCCUUUUGGAAAUGGAACAAUUAGAAAAAGAGAAGCAGCAAAAUGAAGGAAGAUCUACAAGUAUCAAUGAUAAAAUGUUUGAAAAGAAGCGUAGAGACAGUAAAACAUCAUCAGUGUUGGCAAAAAGUGUCACACUCAGUGUUCCUGGAAGCUCUUCUGGUACAUCAGUAGGCAAAGAAGACAAGAAAUCCAAGUUGGUUCGAAGCCAGUCUUUCAAUACUCAAGCACUACAUCCAAAAUACAGCAACAUAGACAAGUGUCCUAAUAAAAGCUCUGCUACAGGAUAUACAUCUUCACUAUCAGGAAUGGGCAAGAGUUGUAUGUUGUCCUUUAGUGAAAAAACAGAAAAUCAAACUCUUAGAUCUUCUGACAGAAAAAGAAGGGAACCAGAGGCUGGUGGAAGCAACUUUCUGGUGAGAUACAGUGGGAACAGCAGCUGGGACUCUCUAAUGCCUGGAAUGAAUAAAAUGCAUCUUGCAAUGUUAAAACCUUUUAUUUCUUAAAUAAAAUCCCAAGCUGUAAAAUAUGUUCUGAUUCUGAUAAGUAAUGUAACGGUUGCAGAAUUCUAACGUUGUAGUGAAAUGUUAUGAACUAUAACUUCAGCUAUGUGCUCUUAACUGCUGCAGCUAAAGGGAGGAUUUUGUUUUCUUCAAUUAUGCCUUUGUAGUUCAAAUUCUUGGAUUUAGAAUGCACAUAUUCAUUACUUAAUUGGCUUAUUUACAAUUUUGGUAAUUAGUAGCACCCACAUUUUAUGUGAGAAAUAGAAGGAAUUGUUACGAAUAUGAAAAGAGCCUUCAAACUUAAGACCAAAGUCCAGAACCAUUGAUCAGUUCAUAGAAACCAUAGACUUCAGUAGCAUUGCGCUGUGAAUUUGAAGGUAAUGUUUCUGCAAGUACUAAAUAAUGUUGAUAAAAAUCCUGUGUAAGUUUCAAAGCAAUCUAAAAGUGUAUGUCUCCAGAUGAUAUAAAAAAAGUUUUAUUUCAUAAGUUUUGUUGUAUAAAUACCUGUUUUAAUUUUUAGUAUUUCAGAUUGUAUUUUCACUUGAAUAAUUUAUAAUGAUGAAACUCGUUUUUAAUCAGCUGCUAAUGUAAGCUGUCUUGCUUCAGUGGUGUCAGCUGCAUUUGUGUGUAUUAAUGCUAAAGUUUCUAUCAAAAUUUAUCUGUGGGAAUACAUGCAAUUCUAUUUUAAAAAGUUCUAUUUAUGCUAAUACUUGAGAGAGGGCCUAUGAAGCUAUUGUCAGCUUCUCUAUUUCAAAAUGGAAGCAGCAUAAAUAUAUUGAUAUCAGAUGUAUGCGUUUUUUUAAAUUGGUGUAUGAUAAAGAUGAUCUGAUUUGUGAAUGCAUAUGUAUGUGUGGUUACUUUUUAUAAUAUAAAAAUACAAAUGAUGAUUUACUCAAAAUAAAACUUAGGACAAUGCUGUACUUGCAUGUUCUUGAAAAAAAAUUUCUCAGGGCAUCUUUUAUAAUUAAAACAAAUAAAAGCAUUUACUGAUAGAAGGUAUUUAUUUUAAAUAGUAAUAAUGCUAGAUGUAUUCUGUCUUGUGUGAAGUACAAAGUGUGUCUUUGCAUUUAGCAGUUUUACUGUCUAAAUUCUUAAACUUCUUAUGCUGCAGUUGGAUUUAAGUGUAUUUUCUGUCUUUAGGCACAGACAUUGUUUGGAUUCUGUGGGAACACUCAAGUUUGCAGUUUGUUCUGCAGCCUGUUGUAGGGUUUUGUAAAUCAAGGAUUUCUUUAAAAGCUCCUUCAACUAUUGUGAUGUUUAACAUGCAAUAUUGAUACAGAUAUAGAGGUGACCUAUCCUGGCUCCUCCUGGGUUCUGCUUUUCUCUCAUUAAUGAAAACAGAUUCUCCCAGUAUGCCAGUGACAACUAAACAUGCCAGCUACGGCUGCUCACUCAUGGGCCACAGGAGUCUGCUCGAUC